UCAUGCUACUUUUCAAACUUUCUACAAGACUGCCCCUACGGGACCCUUUCCUUUCUGUCUCCUUCUUUUCUCUCCUCACUUGAGUGUGUGACACAGAUGGUACUCAUAGAGAAUUACUUUUAAUUGCUUGAGUUUGAUCCUUUGUUGUGUUCGUUCCAUUAAUUCUACUUCUUUGCAAGUCUUUUCCCUUGAUGAUCUGUUUUUUUAUUUUAAAAAAAGAAGAAAACUAAAAAAAACAUUGACCGAUCACAGCUUAGGUUAAUUAUAUUUGUUGUUGGAAGCGAGCUGGUAUAUCAUCCAUGGAGGCGUCUAAGUGAUUAUUCUGAACCUUUCAUUCGUUUCUUUCUUUGCUAGCUCGGUUCCAUACAGAGCUAAAGGCCUUCUCCUUUUCUUCCUCCCGCUAUUUCAUUGAGCUCUCAGUACCAGUGCUUUCCGCGCAUAUUUUCCCAAAUUAAGACUGGUGGAAAAUGGCUAUCGAAAGUGUGGGUGGAUCUAUUAUAUGUAAGAUAGCAGAACUCAUGGUGGAACCAGUAGGAAGGCAGUUCCGUUACGUGUUCUGUUUCAACAAUUUUGUUGAAGAAUUCAAAGAACGAAAGGAGAACCUUGCUUUAGCACUAGAUGGUCUGCAAAAAGAUGUCGAAGCUGCUGAAAGGAAUGCUGAAGAAAUUAGGAAAGGUGUCAAAAAGUGGCUGGAAGAUGCAAACAACGAAAUUGAAGGUGCGAAGCCGUUGGAAAAUGAAAUAGGAAAAAAUGGCAAAUGCUUUGCUUGGUGCCCAAACUGCACGCGACAAUUCAAGUUAAGCAAGGCACUGGCCAAGAAGUCGGAGACUUUCAGAAAACUUGGAGAAAGUAGCGAAAAGUUUACAAAAGUGGCCGACAAACGUCCUCCUCAGCGCAUAGAAUUUCUAACAUCAAAGGAAUUCACGCCCUCACAAUCGUCAGAAGAAGCUUUGGAACAAAUUAUUGAAGCUCUCAAAGAUGACAACGUCAAUAUGAUCGGACUGUACGGCAUGGGAGGGGUGGGUAAAACCACCCUGGUGAAAGAAGUAGGCAGGAGAGCCAAAGAGUCGCAGCUUUUCGAUGAAGUUUUGAUGGCUACGGUGUCCCAGAAUCCAAAUGUCACAGACAUCCAGGAUCAAAUGGCAGAUAAGUUAGGUCUGGAUAUUAAAGAAAAGAGUAAAGAAGGGAGAGCGGAUCGAUUAUGGCAGAGACUGAAGAAAGUGGAGAAGAUGCUUAUAAUCCUAGAUGAUGUUUGGGAAUAUAUUGACUUGAAAGAGAUAGGGAUCCCAUUUGGUGUUGAUCACGGGGGUUGCGAAAUUCUUCUAACAACACGUCGUCGAGGCAUAUGUUCAUCUAUGGAGUGCCAGAAAAGAGUGUUGUUAAGUCCCUUACCUGAAAAAGAAGCGUGGGAUUUAUUCAGAACGAAUGCAGGUUUACGUGAUGGGGACUCUACCUUGAACACAGUGGCAAGGGAGGUUGCGAGAGAGUGCCAAGGCUUGCCUAUAGCACUUGUGACAAUGGGAAGGGCUCUAAGAGAUGAAUCUGCAGUUAAGUGGAAAAGAGUGUCUAAACAGCUCAAAAACUCUAAAUUUCCAGACAUGGAACACAUUGAUGGACAAAGAACUGCAUAUGCAUGUCUUAAGUUGAGCUACGAUUAUUUGAAGUCCAAGGAAACCAAGUUAUGUUUCUUGCUAUGCUGUUUAUUUUCAGAAGAUUACAACAUUCCAGUCGAGGACUUGCCGAGAUAUAUUAAGAAAUACCUACGUAAAUAUUAAUAAUAUCUUAUCUUGCUCAAAACUAGCAGAGGUCAUAUCCCGCUAAUUUUAGAUCACGGCUUCCAAGCCUUAAUAGUAGGAUUGAUAGCAAGUUAUGGUUGUAUAUAUACUGUACUGUUUGAUCUAUGAAAUAUAACAAACCAUUCAGUCACUUAUUUUUA